AUGAAAAAAUCAAAGAAAACUGGUGCUAAUAAGUCACAGCGACAAUCACAAUGCCUAUUACCAGGAUCAAGUAAUAUUUCUGAGAAUAAAUCACUUGUAUUAAACGAUGGCGAUAGUCAUCAACAAGAAAAUAUCGAUGGAGAAGAAAAAAACGAAAAUCAUCAUAAGAAGAAUGCAGAAAAACGAAAACGAAAACAGAAACCAGAAUUAUUAAUUUCUCUCUCUGAUACUAGUAUGGAAACAGAUGUUUUAAUUAAACAAACUAAGGCAAACCUUAGUCAGUUUGUGGCCGCUGCUAGUUUGAUUCCUACUCAUAAUAGCUUACAGGAAGAAGGAGCACAUGAUCUCACACAAAUUCAAGACUUUUUAAAUGAUCCAGCAACAAUAAAAGUUCAAUCUAAACAUCAAAAGACUAGAGUGGUGCCGAAAGAGUUAUCAUCUGCCAGUGCAAAUAGUAUCCACGGUUCUCAACCAAUUAAUUAUCGUCGUCAACUUUCAAACACCACCGUAUCGAAAUCAGCAGAACAAUAUGCUAGAGGAUUUGAUUUUCCACCUAUCAAAAUAUGUCCAAUGAAUAAAAAUGUUAGACUAAAUGGAGAAGCAGUAAUGAGAUUCAUAAAUGAUUUUAAGACAGAACAUUGCCAAACAUUUAAGAUUUCUUUUUGGAGGAUUAGUAAUGGACGAAUCUUACUUUACUCACAAAAUCGUGAAACCUUCUCCUGUCUAUUAGACGAAAGGAUAUUUCCCAGGCUACUAGAUAAUCAGAAAUUUGAAAUUGAAUGGCCUCGUAAAAUACCCGCACAGUUAUCUCUCUUAAUGUUAGGCGUUCCGUCUGGCACUAAUAUAGAUGAAUUAAGACAAGAUGUUCAAAAGAAUUUAUCCAUCGAUUGUUACAGCCGCUAG